GCACAAAAAUAAAAUCUUGUAACUCUGCACCCCCAAGGUAACGUGCGGAAGGAAGAAUAAGAACCCUAAGGAACGCAGAGGAAGAAGAAGAAGAAAUAAAGUUGAAGUCUUUUUUCCCAAAAAGAAGACGACGAAGUUGGGAGUGGGAGAAGAGAACUGAAAUUGAAGCGGAGAGAGGAAGUUGGAAAUCAAGAAAUUUAGGGCUAAGAGAGAGAGAAGAUGGGAGAACGGAAGGUUCUAAACAAGUACUAUCCGCCGGACUUCGAUCCGUCGAAGUUGCCACGGAUAAGGAGGCCCAAGAAUCAGCAGAUUAAGGUUCGAAUGAUGCUUCCCAUGAGCAUCCGAUGCAACACCUGUGGCAAUUACAUCUACAAGGGCACCAAGUUCAAUUCCCGUAAGGAAGACGUUAUUGGAGAGACAUAUUUGGGUAUUCAAAUAUUUCGGUUCUACUUCAAAUGCACCAAAUGCUCGGCCGAGCUGACAAUGAAGACAGACCCACAAAACUCAGACUACGUUGUUGAGUCUGGUGCAACUCGAAAUUUUGAACCUUGGCGAGAAGAGGAUGAGCUAGUAGACAAUGAAAAACGUAAAAGAGAUGCAGAAGAGAUGGGAGAUGCCAUGAAAUCCUUGGAAAACAGAACGUUGGAUUCCAAAAGAGAGAUGGACGUCAUGGCUGCUUUGGAUGAAAUGAAGUCUAUGAAGUCUCGACAUGCCACUGUCAGUGUAGAUUCGAUGCUUGAGGCCUUACAACGUUCAGCUGCUGAUAAGGAUAAGAAAUUAGAAGAGGAGGAUGAGGCACUCAUAAAAUCUGUUGUUUUCCAUAAUUCAAAAGAUUAUGUCCGAAGGAUUAAUGAUGAAGAUCUUGAUGAUGAAGAAGAAGAUUUGGUCCAGCGUUCAAGCAGCAAUGGUGAAACAUCCAGUGGUAUUUUCAAGAAGCGCAAGGUUUCUCAAGAGCUUACUGGAAAGCCAACUGAUUCAUUGACAAAUGCCAGUUUUCCUGACAGCUCCAGCAACAAAGAAAAGCCGAGUGUUUCAGGGGGUUCUAAUGAUGCCAAGUUUGUUUUCAAGUCUUCAACAGUCAGGGUUUCUGUUGUUAAGAAACCAGUCGUGGCUUCUGAAAGUGAGAAAUCAGAAAAACCUGGAAAUAAUAGUAAUGGACUUCUGUCAUUGGCACCAUGUGAAAGUGAGAAAUCAGAAAAACCUGUAAAUAAUAGUAAUGGACUUCUGUCAUUGUGCCAAAACUAUGACAGUGAUGAUGAAUAGUGGGGAUUGUUUGUGCGGUUUAUUGACUGGACAUCUUGAUUUUGUUAAAUGAACGAUUAGUCUUGCAAAAGCCAUGUUUAAAUAACAAUUUCUAGUAGUUUUUAUUUUUUUUGGGGGGUCAAUUUCGUUCAGACAUUUGUUUUUUACCUUUUUGGUCCUCAAUUUGGUUGAGGUACUUGAAGAUGUGGUUGGAUUAUAAUUUUCGGUGGACGUCUUGCAUCGGUUUUUUUCA